AUGCACCUCCUGCAUGUUCUGCUGCUCUGCUUCUUACCAGCUGUGAUAGAUGGUGACCCCCUGACCCCCACUGAGGGGAGUAGCAUCCGGGUUGCAUGCUCCUUCAGCGUCCCUGGAAGAAAGAAGUUCCUCUGUAAGGACGAAUGUAAAGACAAAGACAUUCUCAUUGCUACAGAAGGAGACGCCGCUCACAGUGGCAGAUACAGCAUCUUCUAUCAAGGAGGAACCUUUACAGUAUCUGAGACAGUUGUGUAUGUGAGCAUCACACAGCUGGCCAAGUCUGACUCGGGUCGGUACAGGUGUGGCUUGGAAAGGGCUUUCAUGCCUGAUUCCUACUGGCCGUUUGAGAUCAGAGUUACAGACGCUCCAAAAACUUCCCCUGAGCCCAUGAAGCAGCCUGAACAGCAGCAGCGUGAAACAGGUGCAGCGGAGCCCCCUUGA